AUGCAUCUGGAGUCAAUGAAUACAACAGGUGACUUUCCAGCAUCGCUAGACCUUAGGUUGUCUUCAGGUGGAGGUUCAUCAUCAGGGAAAUCAAACACAAGACCAACUACAUCAACUGCAACAACUACAACAACAACAAUGGGAAGGACACAAUCUAAUGAACCCCCAAAGAAGCCAAACAUAGGUAAACUGCCUCCAAGCUCAACUAACAUACAUGUACAUAAAGUAUUUGAUAGAGUAAAGGACUUCCUUCCAAAGAUGAAGGAGGCUAAUGAACAGUUGGAGAAACAGAUAAAGGAGCAACAAGCUGAUGUAAAUAUAGAGAAUGUAAAGGAAGGCCAGGAGUAUAUUGAAAUGAACUUGGCUUUAGGUAUAUUGGAGAAAAAGGAGAAUCUAACAGAGGAUAAUAUGGUCAUACCAACAUCAUCAUCAACAACAGCAACAUCAUCAACGUCGUCACCAUUAUCAUCACAAUCAAAGAACAAGAAUAAGAAAAAGAAUAAUAAUAAUAAUAUGGAUACUGUAGGCACGAGCAACAGCAACUUCAUCGAUGUAAAUAUAAAGUCUGGAUCGAUCAUGGAUCAACUCUCAUCAAUAUUAGACAAUGGCGACGACUCUGACGAUGAACAUGAGAAUGAGCCACUGGAACCUGUCAAUGAAUAUUGA